AACUUUUUCGCAUCAGGAAGACUCUGGGGCCAGGUUGGGAGGGAGGUAAAGGUAGGGGCAGGGCCCUGGGCAGGGCCAGUCACUGAAGCGAGGCCAAAGCCUGGAGGGAAUGAGCCAGUUCCUGGUGGCCAUUGGGCAGUUCAGACAGCUCGCGGUUACACCAGCCAUGGCACUCCCUCUGCCCUGGCUCUCAUGUUGCUGCCGUCGCCUCCUCCUGCCUUCCUGGCCCCUGGCCCCCCAGAGCUCCUGGAAGUGCUGUUCCCAGAGCCCCAAGGCAAGCACAGAAGAGCCAACCAGCUCCACAUGCAGUGGGAAGAUAAGGUCAUCCCCAAGGGGUCCCAGGCCCCGCCCCACAGCUGAGCUGGCCCAAGCUGAGGAGUUGCUGGAGCAGCAGCUGGAGCUGUACCAGGCCCUACUGGAAGGGCAAGAAGGGGCUUGGGAAGCCCAGGCCCUGGUGCUCAAGAUCCAGAAGCUGAAGGAACAGAUGAGGAGACACCGAGAGAGCCUAGGAGACGCCUAAGCUUUCCACCAGUUCCCACUUUACCUUCCAACACUGGAAACACUACAUACACUCACACUGGGCCUUUGGGUCAGAAACAUCCCAGCCCCUCCCAGGCCACUGAGAAAAGUGGAAGCGGCAAGGAGCCAGGGCCUCUGCAUUCGCAGUCACAUUGCCCUCCCCUCUGACCCCUCCCCAUUGACCUGGGCCCCACAGAAGGGCACACAGUCCUUAUAGGAAUACACACUGAAUCAUGGCCUAACCUCACCCUAAAUCCAAUAAAGGGAUGGAGCACUUACAGACAACA